UGGCAGCAAUACAAAUCUAGCACCACCCAGGGAGGGAGCGUAUUUGCUUCUUCGCUCACUUCUGGCAGGGCAGAGGAAUGCUGGACAUCGAGAGACGAGAAGGGAGGCUGUCCAGAGAGCAUCGGCACGCUGCUCCCCCGUCCCACGCCUUGGGCCUCCUCCCUUAGGAAUAAACAGAUGUCAGAAACUGAGCUGGAAAAGAUAAAAGUCAGAACAGCUGAGCAUUUUGAAAAUGACAAAAAUAACAUUUCUUGGUUGAAGGAAGAUACGCAACUCACAAACGAAAAGCAGGCAGAAGAGAAAGCCAUUAAUACCAUCGUUAUAAAUUCAGUAUCCGAAUUCAAAAUCACAGAUGGACCAGCCAAGGAAACCCCCAGUGAGAAAAAACUGUCAGAAUCCAGCAUAUCCCUGUCCUCCCUUGAAGAAUGCCAAACGAAAUUUUCCUACCUCCAAACUCAUACUUCAGUUCAUCCAAGAGACACUGAUGAGGACUGUGCCUCCCUCAUCCUCACCUGUCUGUUUUGCCAGUUUUUGGAUUGUCUCCUGAUGCUCCCGGAUACGUGUGAAACGGUGUGUACCAAUUUGUGCUGCCCCUCUCACAGGUAUCGCCACACCUCAGAUGAAAGCCACUCCCGGAAUGACUGCAACUGCAACUGUGACAUAGACUUCAGCCUUUUUGAAUCUUGCCAGGAGACCAGUGAGUGUCUGGAGCUGGCCAUGGAGAUUUCAGAAAUCUGUUACCACUAGCGCGACAAAGGAAACACGUUCCGGCAGACCCUUUGGCCCCCCGGGGGAAACUCCAUUACAAUGAGACUGUGAUUUCUAUGCGCUGAAAUGUAAGGACUGUAUACAUUUCUUGGAUGCUCCAGACCAUUUUAUUCUGCACCUGUCUGGGAAAAAGCUAGUAUUGUCAACUCAAUGGCCUUAUUCCAAAUUUCCCAACCGCA